AUGGAACAAUUUGCGAAAAAGAGUACAUCAAAUUUAAAAGUAAGUAACAAAUACAUAGUAUUAUGUUUAUUUAUAAUUGAGAAUGUAAAAUCUAUUUACUAUAGACAUAUUUUAUUUUGAAAUUAUAAUAGUUAAAUUUAUAAAUAUGAGUUGAGUUAUUUAAACAAAUAAGUUUUUCAAAAUAUAGAGAAACUAAAACACAAAAUUUAUAGGUAGCAAUAUCCAUAAAUGUUCAAAAAUAAAUAUUAUAUAAUUUAAAAGAAUAAUACAAAUUUGAUUUUUAAGAUGUUUAGUAAAUAUACUGAACCUUGCUUUUAUUAUUUUUUAAAUUUUAUAUUAUUUUCUGAUUAUUGAUUUCCUUCAAAAUUGGUAAUAAUUCAAUCUUAAUGUGUCUUAGUUUAACUUCAUUUUAAAUUAUAAAUACUUAUUUUAUUAUGAUUGAAUAACAUUUCAUGGUUAAAUCUAACACAAAUUAUACAAUACAUCAUAUGCAAAAUUAUAAUAAUAUAUUUAUAAAUUAAUCUAAAUCUUAUGAAACUCAUUUAAUUGUUAUGUAUAAGUAAGUCUCUUUUUGGUCACUUCUUUUUAUACAUUUUAGUCACUUUAUCCACUAUUUUAAGUACAACAAAUUGGUGGCACCCCUGAAAUUAAAUACUUCAAUUUAUUUUAUAUUUUAUAGAAAUAUUUCUAUGUUGGUAUCACUGACACAUAUCUCAUAAUGCUGUGUACUGACAACUGUUCUUCCCAAUCUUUUCUUAUCCAUUUUAGCUGUUGAACACUUAAUAUUAUUUUUUAUUAUUAUGGUUGCAAAAAAAAAUUUUUUCCAAAUGGUAAGUUAAUUAUUUAUUUUAUUCAAGACAUUUUCUAUCAAUAUUGUAUGUUAUGUAUCAAAAUAAAAUGUAAUUAACUUGUUAUAUUUUUAUUAAAAAAUAUUUCGUAUUACCUCUAUGUGUUAAACAAUUUUAAAUUAUAAUUUAGUAGAUACUUCCUUAUUUUAUCAAAAAUUUUAAAAGUAUACUAUUACUCAAUUUGAAGACUUAUUUAUUAAAAUGUGUUUUAUUGCAAGGCUCCGUGUAAAUAAAUUGUAUACUAUUUUCCAUUCCAUAAGAGAACGCAACUCAUUCACGCGUCAAAAUAAACACCCUUUACCAUCUUGUAGUUAUAUUUUCCCACUCAAUAGGUAACAACUAGUGAUGAAUGUCAAGGUACCACUAUCCCGGUGGUUAUCUUCAAGAAAAAACUGGGCUGGCAUACUAGUGGAAAUGCGUACGAAUAGAUAAAUUUUGGUCACUACUUAGUUGCGUUUUCUUUUGGAACGGAAAUGAAAACCUGAAUUGUAAUUUGGUUUGAAUUUUAAAAAAUAUUUAAUAAGUAAUAAUAAUUGUUUGUAUUGCGUAAUUAUUUAAAUAAAUAUAUAGGUAUAUAAAUAAUAUAAAACAAAAAUAUAUUAUAAUCUAUUUAUAUUAUAGGAAUCAAAAUCAAAAAAAUUGUUGAAAUCGGAGACUGAGGACAAUAAUUUUAUUGGGUUUGAUGCUGGUGAUGAUGAGUUGACAAUGUUUAUUGAAAAAAAAAAAAAACGUGAGCCAAUUGUUUUUAUGUUUUUAUUUUAUACUAUUUCUUUGUGUUAUUAAUUAUCCAUAUUAACUAUCUUUAUUCCAAAAAGUUUUAAGGGAUACUAUAGCAGAAGUAUUGAAAGUAUCUACAGAUGAACCGACAGUCAGUAAAUCUAAUAGCAACAAUAAUCGUCUAGAAAAAAAAAGUCAAUCCAAAUCAAGAAGUAAGUUUUAAUAUCCUCUAUCAAUUAAUAUUUUCGUAUUAUUUAUGAUUAAUUUAUCUUUUGUUUGUAUACAUUUAUAGGAUCUACUCCUGAAAAUAAUGUUAAAAAGUUUAAAAAAGAUAAUUUGCAGACUGAAUCAGUUGAAUCCUUUGAAACUGAUAUUCAAGAUAGUUUGGGUGAGUAAUAUAAAAAUUUAACCUAUAAAAUAAUAUGGAUAAUGUUACAAUUAUUUUAAUUUUCCUGUUAUAAUUAUAAUUUAAAUGAAAUAUAUAAUAUUUAUUAAGGUGGUCCAAAAAAAUAUUAUUUAUACAUUUGAAGAAGUGUACCUUCCCAUUUUUUUUAGUGACCAAAAUUUAUUUUAUAAAAAUUUAAUCAAAAAUGGCUACAUUAAAGGGCUCAUUGUUUUUCUGUUUUUCCCAAUUAUUUUUCAAAAACUAAAACAUUUACGAAAACAAUUUUAAAUUAUUAAUCAUUGUUAUUAUUAUUUUUAUAAAUAAAAUAUUUAAUCUGUACCUUUUUGGCACAAUAAUAAUAUAUGUGCCCUACUGAUUUAUCGAAAACUCAAUUCACUGAAAAAUUAUUUAUUUCUAGAUUAAUUGUAACAAAAUUUAGUAUACUAAUAUUAUUAAAAAAAUAUUAUUUUAAAUUGUAUGUAAAAAUCACAAAGGAUUUACUAGGCGUUUAUAUUUUAUUUUAUUUUUUAUACUGUGACGAAAAUUUCUACCAGAAACCUUGUUCUGAUAUGUACGUUGGCACCAUUUCCGAAAGGAAGUAUUGUCUAGAUGGUAUUUUAGGUAAUUUUUUUAUUUUGCAUGCAGUUUUCAUAAUCUGUAAAAACCUAGAUAAAACUUAUAAAACUGGAAAUUUAGAAAAAUAAUGCUUAUAUUAUUUUCAAUUUUGUUAUUUUUUGUAAUCGGUUAAAAAUAUUUGUAGGGACUUGAUAUUAGGACAGAAAAAUUAUACUUGCCAUUUCUAGAUAUAAAAAUUAAAAUUUUUACAAAACAUGAGCUAUUUUGUGAGAAUCAACAUAAUUUUUAUUAGGUAAAAAUUCUGGAAAACUGAUCAGGAGAUGCAUUCAAAGUUGUACUUAGUGGUCAAAACAAAAAAUUGAGCAUGUAGUGUUUUUUUUUUUUUAAGAAAUUUUAAUAUCAAAUUUUGACGAAAAUCUUUUGAGAAAAAAUAUAUUGUGAACAGAUAAUUUUUCAAAUUUUUGUUUUAAACAUGUAUAUAGCUGAUUUAACAAUGAUGAUGAAGUCAGAAUUAUUAUUUUAUGUUAAAUAGCUCAAUAUUGUCAGUUUUAUCGGAUGUCUCCUGUAGUUAGUUUAGUGGUGGUACGUACCUUUUGUCAUUCUAUAGAUCGCAAAUUUAAACCUGAGUGCUGAAAACAAAUGCAUUUUGGGUGCAUCUAGAGACCCAAGCUAUCACUCGUUUGGAUUAAUUUAAUUUAGAAAUACCCCUUAAUUUGUUGUGCAAAUUUUCGUACCAGAAAUCUUGCUCUGAUGUAUCAAGUGUAGCACCUUUUCUGAAACAAAAUUUUAUUUACUUGGUACUUUUGGGAAGUUGUUUUUUAGUUUUCCAAACAGUUAUGAUAUCUGAGAAAAACUGGAAUAAAAUGUCAUAAAAAUGGAAAAAUUUACUAAAAAAAUGUAUUUAUAAUUCAUUUAAAUAAAAAUAUUUAUAGUGACUUAAAAUUUGAACAAAACUUAUAUUUGCCUUUUCUAGACUUGGUAAAACUAUAUAAACCAUUUGAGCCAUAUUUUAUAGACAUAAAUUUUGUGAGUGAUUUUUAUUUGGUAUUUACUUAAGUUAGAGUUACACAGGUAACCAUGUUAUUAAGACCCUUGUUACUUGACUACAGAUCCGACUACUAAUUAUUAUACAUUUGUAUUCGUAAUACUCUUAUUCUCUUCACUCCAGUAUUAUGCCUAGUUAAAUAAAACGUUAAAACCGGAAGUAUCUGUGACAAGUCAGUUGUAACCGUACAAUUACAAAAACAUCAAAUUUGUUGGUAUACUUGGACCAGACAUACGAUGACAAAGGCUAAUAAUAAAAGUUUUUUUUCUAAUUUUUGUUCCAAAAAAACACAUGCUCCUUUCAAUGGCCAUUGAAUAGAAUUCAAUACCAAAAUUAAUUAUAAUGUGACUGAGUACUGUAUUAUACCUAUCAAAACUAGAGAAAGGUCGCCAAACACAGGUUGUCAAAGCGAAACAAUUUAAUUUUGUACGGAAAUAUCGCAAAUCGAGUAUUGAUAUCGGUUUUUCAUGUAAAACAUAGGGAAUUUAUUAGUUUUUAUUAUUAUAAUUUAAAUGGUGAAACUAAUGAAUAAUUACUAUAGAACGUUUUUUUUUUUUUUUUUUUUUUUGAGACCAAAUUGUGUCCUUAAUCAAAUAGAUGUGUUUUCAAGAAUAUACUACUGCUAGAUUUAGAAAAUUAAUUGAUUUUAUAAAAUACUUUUUUUCUGCUCAUUGGGUAGAUUUGGUAAAAAUGGCGGGAAUUUCAGUGAAAAUUGAGCACUGAAAUCAUAAAUACGGCUGAUGAUUUUCUAUUAGGUUGGGUCUACGAAAAUAAUAGAAAUACCCACUUUUCGUUCAUUAUUUUAUAUAAUAUGUACCUACCUACCUAUCUUAUAUAGAGGGCUAAAUUUGGACAAAAUUAUAUACUCUGACUAAAUUUUGAUUUAACUGGACUUUUGCAAAACCAUGUUGGAUAGAUAACAGAAAAAAAAAAAAGUUUAAAUUGAAAUAUCCCUUGAUUUCUUGUGAAAAACCUCGUCAGGUAAGAGAAAAAUCAAAUAUUUUACAAACAUUUUUAACUUAAUGUGUGUAUUUAUAUAUAUAUAUAUAUAUUGUAAAAUUUGUCUAAUUUAAUAAAUAAAAAUAUUUAAAAAAUUACCUAUUUAGCCAAAUUAUUGUAAAACUGAAAUUUCAAAUCGCCAUAAUUCAAAAACUAAUGAUUUGCAAAAGUUGCAUGGUUGCUAAAAUGUUUGAUCAUUUGACAAUAUACAAAAUUCAUUAAUUUAUUAUUAAUUAGUGGGUAUAUAAAAUUUUAAACAAUUAUAUUUCAACCUAAAAGUAGCACAUACUUAAAAAAAAAAUUGUAUAGUAAUUAUUCGUUAGUUAACCAUUUAGAUUAUAAUACAAUAAAUUCCUUAUGUUUUUUAUGUAAAACCGACAUUACUACUGACCGAAGUGCAAUCUAAUGAUUUGCUAUAAUUUCGGACUACCUUUAUUGGUGUCUCUUCUCUAGUAUUCUAGUAAAUAUUUUAGUUUCCAAAAUAAUUGGAAAAAUUAAAAAACUACCAUCUUGUGCAAUAAUAAUGUAAUCCUUUAUCGGUAUGAGAAAGAGUUAUCGAGUUUAAAUUUCACAAAGUUGUUUUUUCUUAUUAUUUAAAAAUAUAUGGGGGUAAUUUCUUAAGAAAAUUCUAAAUCUAUGAUUUAUAGACCUAUAAAUUCGGAUCACCUAUAAUUUUUAUUUAUAUAUGCAUUUAUAUUACCCACAUUAACUAUUUCUGUCUUACUAAGAGCAAAAUAGGUUUUUUUUACUUGAAACAACAAACAUUAAUCAAAAAUACAUAAAAAGCUGUAUAAUAGGGUUAAAAGAUUUUUAAAUCUCUAAACCAGGACAUGAUAUUGAAUAGCCUGAAUUGUACUAUAUUUUUAUUGAUUCUACCUCUUUCAUCCGACCAAAUGUUAUUUAUAAGUUUGCUCUCAACUUCUAUUAACCGGGACACACUGAAUGACUAACAAGUUACACCAAGGCAUGCCUUUAAAUCCAGGACUGUCCCAGUCAAACUGGACAAAUAGCGCAAACCUACUUUAUAUUAAAUACCUAUUACCAUUAAGUAACUUGUAACUAUUUACCUCAUUUAAUAAAUUAUAAUUAAAUUCAAUAAAUGAAUAUUGUUGUUCUUGUUACGAGUACUAUUAUUAUAUAUUUUUUAAUAUUGCUUAUUAAUAAUUAAUAAUAUAUCAUGGCUAUCUUAAAUAAUAAAUUAUUGUACAUUGGACUAUUUGAUGAAUAAAUAAAUAAAUUACAACAUUUUGUUGUUACAUUUAAAUUAUGGUAUUUAGAUAAUACAAUUUUAAGAUAAGAAUUAUUAAUAUUAAAAGCACCAUAUAUCUUUAUUUCCUAAAAUAUUGUGUACCCAAAAUUGCAGCUAAUUAUAAAAAUAAACAAAUAUACAUCAUAGUGCUCACUCAUAUUAAUUUAAUAAUUUCUAUAAAAUUAACAUUGUAUUUAUAAUAAGGAUAAUUUAAAACUACUAUGCCUAUUACUAACAUUAUUUGAUAAAGGGAAAGAUUUCAUCAUUGAUUUCUAAUUUGUUAUUUAUUUUAAUGUAAAUUAAAAUUUUUUAACAUAUAUUUCAUUUGAGUUCAUAUUUUGGUUGCUGAGGUGAAAUGUACUUAAUUAUGUUUCCUUGCUCAAAUUAUUAUUGUAUGUAAUUCAUAGUAUUUAAACAGGCCAUAAACUAAUUUUUGUAUCUAGAUUUUAGCUUACCUUUUCCAUUCAUUGUGUUCUUUUCAGAUUUACUUAGAAUUUUAAAACUGUAGUUUAUAAACUACCAAAGCUGAAACCCUAAUGUUAUUAACUAACUUAUAUUUUUACAUUUAGCCCAUAUUUUACAGUGCAAUUCAAAAUAUUUUAAAUAGUGGCAUGCAUUUUUUUUUAUGUGUGCAAAUAAAAUUUUGUUUUAUGUUUAUAGAAUUAACCACGCCAACCUUCAGCCUUACAUCUACACCUAGGAGUCGCCGUAGUUCUGGCCGUAGAACAAACAUUGAUAUUACUGAUCCAAUAUAUAAACUACCAUUUGAUCAUGGUAAGUGUAUUUGUGUAUUAUUUUGUUUAUAUUUCUUUUUUUGGGGUUUUUGUCAUUAAGGCUAUCCCUGUCACACCCUUAUAUAAUUCUCCCUGUUAACUACUUUUAAUUUUUAGUCUGAUUCUUCAUUAAUACUAAUGUCCUAUAAAGUGUUGCUUGUUGAUUUGCGAAAACUGAGAACUCAUGUUUAGUGGCAAAUUUAACCACUGGUUAUAGUCCAGUCAAAAUAGACAAAAAAAAAAAAAAAAUGCUUACUACAGAACAGAAUUCACAUUGUGUUGAAAAUUGGGUACACGCCACAAAUAUAUCAUGACAAAUGAAAUGUUAAAAGUCCUUAUUGAAACCUUAUGAAUAUUUUGAUAUUGUGAUACCUGUGAAUUGAGAUAUUGUGGUUUAUAAAAUAAUAAACAAAAAACAAUAUAAACAACACCAACUGGUUGUAGAAAGCGUAAUUAUUAUUUUCUAUUAAUAAAAUUGUAUAAUACUUGUGUAUAUUAUGUUAGUAUUUCUUGUAGUCUUAUUGAUUUGUUUAAAUAUUGAUAUAUAUAUAGUUUAGUGUUGUGCAUUUCGUUGAUGUAACUAGUGUGUAUAUUACUUGUUCAAUGUUAUUAUUUUUCGAUUUUGUAUAAUAAAUUAUGGAACUAAAUACAUUUUAUAAAUGUCGUAAGUUUGCUUCAUUUAUAGUAAACAUUUGAACGAAAGUGAAACAAUUAUUGUUGAAUGUGUAAUUCAAACUAAUUGCUUCAAGUAGUAUAAGAAACUAUGGACAUUUUGAAUACUUAAAAGACAAUUAUUUGUGAAAAUUCAUGUACAGUAUCGUAAAAUGUACACUCGUAGAAGUAGUAUUGCUACAGCCAAAAGACAACGAGAGAUGGAAGUUACAUUUAAAAUCUUUGUACUUGAAUGCGAUCAGGUGUCAUUUUUUUGUUUCAAAAAAUGUUGCUUAUUUUCUGCUGAUAAAGUAAUUGAAGAGCCUGAAAAGCAAAUUACAGACAAAUUGACGCGCAAUUUAUCAAGUUAUUACACUUUCUUUUAUAGAUAAUAUUACGAAGGUUAUUAAGAAUCGUUUGGACACUGUAGAAAAAAUUUUUCUAUAAGACUUUAUUAAUAGAAAAUAAUAAUUGCACUUGUGAUAGCCAAUUGCUGUGUCGCGGUCGGUGUUGUUCGUAUUGUUUUUCGCUUAUUAGUGCUAAACAGUCAUAGUAAGACUGACUGUUUUGCAGGUUUUUUGAGAUUUCAUGUCUGCACUACAUCUGCCCGAUUCAAAUAGUGUUUCAUAUUAAUUAUAAGUUAUUAUUUUUUAGGGUGGAAACGAGAAUUGGUGUACAGGACUUUAGGUGAUCCUAAUAAUACUAAUAAUAAAACUAACAGAAAUGGUGAUGUAUAUUAUUAUUCACCAAUAAACAAAAAACUUCGAUCAUUGAGAGAAAUACAAGAACAACUGGACUUAUCGGAUUCAUUAUUAACUAUUGAGAGUUUCACCUUUUUAAAACAACCUAUUGGUAUGAAUGAUCGGUCAAAAGAAUUAAUUAGAGAGGCUAAUUCUAAAUCAUCUAAAGUAAGACAGAUUAUUGAACAUUCUAUUGGAUGUUGUUUAAUUUUGGUUUCUAUAUAUUUUAAUGUGUUUUUAGGAUGACAGUGUUAUAAGCAGUACUGUCAAAUCAAAAAAAACAAAAACGCCAACACAUCAACCUGUGAAUGAUUUUGAACUAUCUGAUAAUGAAAACACCAAAAUGAAAAUUCGUUUUAAAAACAUAAAAAAAUUGAAAUCAAGAAAAGAAAAUAAAAGUAAAAAUAUUUUAAAUAACAUAAUCAUUAUUAGGAUACAUUUUUAUAUAUAUUCACAUAUUUAUCAUGAAGAUUCUUUUAUGGAAAAAUGUUACAAGACUAUCUGAUUGAUUCUAUUUAUAGUUGGUAUUAUACAUGUUUUUAAAUAAUUAACUUAAAUUAGAUGUUUUUAUUAAAUAUUCAUUCAUUUAAAAAAAGAAAAAAAAAAUAGUGUUGUAUUGCUGUUUUAUAUUGUGUACAAACUGUUUGCUCUUUCGUUCUGUCCGUGUAUUCAUAUUGUUAGGGUUUUAUUUAGAUAAUAUGCUGGAGUGGUCAAAAUUAAUUGCAUCAUGUAAUUGUAUAUUGCAAUAUAUAUAUAUAUGUUUAAUAGUAGUAAAGCCUAUUUACAUUUAAUUAUUAUGUAAGUAUUUUUUGUUAUGGUUUUAACAUUAAACUUGCUAACAGUUUUCUAUUCCUAUAUUUACAAUUUUUGUUCAAUAAGGGUAGAUAACAUUACUUAAUUUUUUAAUGAAUUUACAUUGGAUCUCUUGAACUGCUUUGUACAGUUUUAUUUGCACAUAGUACUUAUGCAUUGUAUUAAUUAUUUGCAGAACUACAGAAAUGUCCAAAUAGUUAAAAAUUGAAAAAUCAAAUUUAUUUUGUUUUAGAUAAUUUAGAGUCUUUAAAUACAACUACAACUAUGUCAGAAUAUAUGGCUGAAGAAAGGCAAGAAUCAACAAUUUCUUCACCAAAACUCGAUGAUAUGGAAAAUUCUACAAAUGUUAAACAACGGUAGCAUAUAAAUUUUAUUUAAUAUUUUUAUUGCUUAAACAGUUUUUUGCUUGUUAGUUUCUAAAUUGGCUUCACAAAAUUAAUGCUAAAUUAAGGGGUUGUUAUCCUUACGCUUCCUUCAUAAUCCUUCCUCAAUCAAACCAUAUACGUGAAUGGAUAAAAAUAGGUUAUCAACAUCAGAUGGAGAAGUUAUCAUGCAGGCUCCAUGCGGAAUACGUUGCCCUAACAGUAAUGAACCUGCAACUUUAAUGUGUGCUCAAUGUCUGGUCUACUAUCAUCCAGCUUGUGUCAAUUUAAAUGCCAAUUUAAAAAUUGUAGGAUAUGUUUGCAUAGUAAGUGAUUGUAUAUACAUAUAUGUUGGAAAUUUAAAUUUCGUUGUCAGUUCUGUUCAGUGAUAUUAUUUUUUUCAGAAUUGUCGAUCGUCUGUACGACAAAGGAAUAGACGUGUGCAGUCAUCACAUACUGUAGUUGUUGGUGUUUCAGAACCAGAACAAUUACGUGUCGAACCAAUUCGUAUACGACAAGUACAUCAAACAUCAGAUUCUUCUAAUUUCUUUAUUGAUAAAACAUCAGUUUCCAAAAGUGAAGAACAAUACAGUGAGAUAAAUGAACAUAUUGAUGAAGAUGAUUCUUUUAUAAAUACAGUUACAUGUCAAGGAAAUAUUUGUAAAACUGUUAUGUCAGCUGGCAGUUUUCAUGAACAAUAUGUGUAUGAAAUGAAACAGACACGAGGGCCUAGUUUGAUGACUUGUGUUGUUCAGGAACCUAAAAAUUUAGAUGAGUGAGUAAAUAUUUAAUUUUCCCUUUAUUUUGGGGGAAUGUAAUAUUGACCAGGCACAAAGUAGCAUUGGUCAUAAGUCUUAUUUUCAUAGAUGAGAGUAAGUAACAAAUAUUUUUUUAAUACUUAAUUCAAUUGGUUAUGUUUGUUUUCAGAUUUGAGCGGAAAACCUACAUCCUUAAUUUCCUUUCAACCCCUAUUUUUAUUUACUUAUUACUUCAUUCAAGUUCUAAGACCUUUUUUGUUUGCAUGUUUAAAGGUAGUAUACUUUAUAUGUGCCUGGUCGAGAACAUACAAACAAAAAAAAAAGCUUUUUCAAUUUAAAACCAAGAAAUAAAUGUGAACUCAAAUUAUUUUUAUCAAAUUAUUACAGAACAUCUGAAAUGAAUGGUUUACCUACCCUAAUAAACAGUCAACAUUUAAGUAUGCAAUCAUUUAAUUAUAUGAGCAAUUCACUGAAGCGUAUUUUCCAAUAUUUAAAAAUGAAAGAACUUUUAACUGUAACCAGAGUGUGCUCUUCUUGGAGAUGUAUUGCUAAGGAUUCAUGUUUAGUAAGAAUAAUUUAAUAAUUAUAAUAGUGAUUCAUAGUGCUCAAAUUUAAAUAUCCUAAAUAAAUUUAAUUUAAGAUUCAAAAACUAUAGAUAAAUUAAUUAAAAUUGUGCUGUUUUAAUGACAACAAAAUAAAAGAUAAUAUCUAAAACCAAUGACAUUAUACAGUAUGUUUUUAAUUGAAAAUAGCUACUUACUAACUAAGGUUAAGAUAAAUCUGAGACCUAUUAUAUUGAAAAACUUAGUAAAAUGACGUUAUUUGUAUAAACUAUUUUUUCUUAUAAAAUACGGUUUUAUAAUACAAAUUAAUUUUUUAAUAUUUUUUAAAAAAUCAAUUUGCAAAAAUUGCAAUAAAUAAUUUUUCAUUAUAAGAUAUGGUGUGUUUUUGAUCACUUGAGCAGUCAGUAUAUAAUAAAAGUUACAAAUGUAUUUAAAUCUGAACCUUAGAUUUCAAUAAUUUUCUUUUAAUUUAAUCAUUGACUUAUUAUUUUAGUUUAAAAUAUUCAUUUUUUUUUCUAGUGGCAAAAUGUUCGUUUGAAAAAUGCGAUGGUUUGUGACUGGAAAAAAUUAAUAGACUUUAUUAACAUGCAAAAGUCUAUUUCGUUAGACACUCGACGUAUGUUAAUGCCUUCAAAAGCUCAGGAUUUUGAUCUUUUUUGGUUAAAUUUUUCUAAAGCGAUAACCAAUGCAAUUAAUUUAGAAGCUCUUGAACUAUAUAGAUGUCCAAUGAGUGUUGUUCAUGAUGUUAUGUGUUCAUUACGUCAACUUGAAAAAUUUAAUGCCACUUCGAUAAAGUAAUAUUAAGAAUAUUAUCUUUUUAAUUUUUAUACUUUAUAAAAUAUAUAGCUAAUGAUUUAAUUGUAUUAUUUCUCAGAAAUCCAAAUGUAACGAAAGAUGCAAAAAUUGUAAAUGAACUUAUGUUCUUUAAUAUAGACUAUGUGAGCAAUUUGUCAAAGCUAACAGAAUUUCGGAUAAAAGGUCUAACUGGAAUUAAAUUGUUAUCAUCGCCAAAACUGUCGUUUUCAUGUUUGACCAACCUAAAAACUUUGGUAAGUUGAACUUAAAAAAUAAGUCAAAUUAUAAUUAUAAUUUUAGAUGGAGAAGUUUAUAAUGUUUUUACUUCUCUGAACCACUAUUUGUUUUAAAUUAAAUUACUUGUCCUUUAAAAAUAAAUAAAUGUAUAAUAUAACUGUUUAACUAAUUAUUCUUGUAUACAAUUUAUUUUUAUUUCAAUGAUGGUAAUAAUAUUUAUUAUGAUUUUACUUUUUAUGUUUUUAAUUUAACAGUUAUUUUUUUUUUUUUUUUUAGUCGUUGACGUCCAUUAAAUCAUUCCCUAAAGAUAUCUGCACAGGUUUGGGAACAAUUUCAACUAGCCUGGAAAUUUUAGAAAUAGGAGACUGUGAAAGCUUACCUGAUGAUUUUCCUAUGUUUUUAAAAAAAUUAACCAAUUUAAGAUCCUUAAGAUUAGAGAAUUGUUGUGGAAGAUGGGAAAAAUUUGCAAAAGAAUAUUUUGAUGCCAUCAGAUCAUUAAAAAAGUUAAAAAAAUUGGAAUUAAUAAACAUUGAAUUCAGUGAUUGCGUGGAGCAGCAAUUAGAAAAAUGUGAUGGUAUAACAGCUCUACUGAUAAUUCCUGCCUAUGUAAGCCAAGUAAGUAUUGUAUUGUAAUUUUUAACACACUUAUUAAAUCUUAUUAAAACGAUGUAUUCCUUUUAGUCUGCAACAACCAAUUGUCAUCUACUUGAUUGUCUGGAAAAACUUUCCAAAACAUUAACACAUGUAGUUUGGGGACUAACACACGAGUUACUCCGAGUAACUGAUUUAUUCAUUACUCAGUAUCAACAAAAUCAACAUAAUCUUGGCUACAGUAUAGAUAUGUCACAAACCAGAGAACCUUCUAACAAUAUCCCAAUUUUAAGGUCGAGAAAACCAAAAUCACAACCUGAAGACUUAGAAAUUUCUGAAAUUGAUACCGACAAAUCAGAUAAUGUUGACAUACUUUCAGUACCAUCCCUACAAGGCUGGUUGGAUUCAAUGAUGGUAAACGCUAAGACUAAAGUAAUUAAGAUACCUUUUUCUGCAACUACUCGAGCGUAUUUAUCAGAACAGUUUGAUGAUCUUUAA